GCCCAGAUUUUCAUCUCGCCGCCUCGUUCAACAGUUUUCGCAGGCACCACACUCCGAUGACCCGAAUUUCCGGGAAAAUCGACGCCAUGGUGCUUCCGUCGCACUAAAGGUUCCGCAAAACACUCUCACGUUCCUUUCCAUUUGGUUUCCGUUUCGUGUCGGCAGAGUAAAAUAUAUCGCUUCAACAGAUGCCGGAGAGCGUGCUUCUCCCGGCUAGCUACAUCACGAUGGCCGAGGCCGAGCCCGACCUAUCGACGUUCGAGAACAAAACAGGCCUUGCCGAGGACAUGAAGUUUCUGGCAUCGAUGCCAGAGCUGUGCGACGUCACCUUCCUUGUGGGGGAGACGAGGGAGCCCGUUUGCGCGGUCAAAGCCGUUCUAGCGGCCCGUUCUAGGGUGUUCCACAAGAUGCUCUACCAGGCCCCGAGUCCCCAGCGCAAGAAGGAGCCCCCGCCGAGGGAGAACAAGCUGCGGUUGUUUUUGAAAAGGUCCUCGGAGCCGCUGCUGAACCUUCAAAAUGCUUCGCAACAGAGAGGCUUCACCCAACAGCUGGCCCCCAUCCAAGAGCCUCAAUCCCAACAACACCAGACCCUAAUCAUCGAGGAGUUCGAACCUGAUGUUUUCCGCCAGCUGAUCGAGUACAUCCACACGGGCUGCGUCACUUUACAACCGAGGACGUUGCUUGGAGUGAUGAACGCUGCCGACUACUACGGUCUGGACGAACUGAGACGUGCGUGCGCCGGUUUCGUCCAGUGCUGCAUAAACGUGGACACUGUCUGCGCGUUGCUAGCUUCGGCGGAACGAUACAUCCAGUAUAAGUGCACCAAGUCCCUCGUGCAAAAAGUGCUCGAGUUCGUCGACGAGCACGGCAACGAGGUGCUCAACUUGGGCUCGUUCACGCUGCUGCCUCAGCACGUGGUGAGACUAAUCCUCGCCAGGGACGAGCUCCAAGCGGACGAAUUCACCAAGUUCCAAGCGGCGCUGAUGUGGGGAAAAAAGUACUGUGACAACAAUCCCACCACCAGCUUGAAAGACGUGAUCGGCAAUUUCCUGGAGUACAUCCAGUUCCACAAGAUCCCGGCCAACGUAUUGAUGAGGGAGAUCCAUCCCCUCGGUCUGGUGCCCUACAGCAUAAUCAUGAACGCGUUGGCGUAUCAGGCAGACCCGAACAGUGUCGACCCCGGAAAACUCUCCCCAAAUCGCGUAAGGCGACAGGAUCAGGGUCGUUCGAUGAGCGUGCAGAGUUCGCUGGACCCCUACGGAUCUAAUACUACGCUGAGCUCGUCCGGCUCUAGCGAACUCGCCUCUUCCGACGGAAAACACUCCACUAGUAAUUAACAUAAGGCCACUGGUACACCUAUCCCGUCGGCCCCGCCCCCCAUACUCACGUCCGCUUCGUCGUCGCCCCAACACGCCAACGCCACGCCCCCCUCGCCGGUCCAUGUCAAGGCCCCGCCCAUAGUCACGGUUCAGGACGCGUCGCCGAGGUCACCGGGCAGUGGGAGUGGCCGCAGGACUCCCGGAGGGGGUAGCGUGGCGCUCGCCUCCCCCGCCCAUACGUUCACGUUUACAAUUAUUUUGAAAAAGGUGACGCCCAAAGAGGAUUAUUUGUAAUACAGGCUAAAAGAGCCGGCGGUUCGUAUGCUGGGGUCGAACGAAGUGCUGAUUUAACCGUGUGACGUCACGGGCAUCGUUCGAAUCGACCAAUCAAAACGGUAACAUUAACUACGUUUAGUUUAAAGAAACGUCCACAACAGAAGAAAUUGAUUUUCUUAAAAUUCACUCUUCCUCCUUAAUUAAUCAAAACGAUUGAAAAGAGAUCUUAAAAAGCGGGUUUAUCAAAUUCAGCGUACAAAUCCUUGGCUUUUCGCCUGCGAAAAUCUUACGUGUUCUAGGUUAGUUUUUUCGAAAAUCCGUUUCUGCGUGUCGUUACUUCGGUGUUGAAAUUUACAUAAAAAAUAUAUUCGCCAGUUCGAUAGGUACCUGUCAAUUAUUAUCAGGAUGACACGUAACAAACGACUGGCAUUAUCUUCGGAGAUAAAGCGCGACGUUGUUGCGGGGCGUCCUGUAAACUACUUCUUAUGAUGGAAUACACAUUUUUCAUCAGACCGUCACGUUUGCACACUUUUGACGCAAAAAGUAGUAGGAACGGGUCACUUCUACGGCCACUGUCGAUUAGGUCCUGUUGACGUCACGCUAUUUUCAUGCUCAUUGAAAAUGAGCGUCGCUAAACAGUGGCAAAGGUACUCUCAAGUUAAGUCUCGGAAGGAACAUAACACUCGGAGGUAACCCGUUCUUACCCAUUAUUAAAUUUUUGUAAAUUUACGGGUAUCAAAUCCCUUUGCGGGGAGUUGCACAGAGGAGGCAUACUGCCAUAUUACGAGCACUCGCUGCGCACGGUGGUGAGCUCCAAAAGAAAUUUAGCAAAAAUAACAUUUAUUGAGAUUGUAAAAGAAAACUACUCACCUUUUUUUAGUUAGUACAGCUAAAACUUUUUUUUUUGUUAAUUAAGGUUUAAAUAUUUGUAAACUCGACCUUAUCGCCGUGGGACGCGAGGGCGCCCUUGUUAGACGUUUCGAAGUUUUUGUGUGUAUUAAAAAGUUACGUUGUUCGUUGUAACUUCUUACCCCAAACGUAUCGGAAUAUUUCCCCGACGCCUUGCCCAAACCUUUGUUAAAGUGCCAGUGGCUUUGUGUUUGAUAUAAUAUAAAUUAUUUUCCUACGAUAUUUUCGUGUACGAUAUACUCACGAGCCCGGAAGACUCCGGGGCUUUGCUUAUUUGUGUACGCUCUCGUACUAUUGGUUGCCGUACUCUACUGAUUUCAUCUUAGCGUUAUGUUUCCUUUGACUAGAAAGUACAUUUAUGCUAACUUGAACUGCGGGAUGGUCCCUACUUUGCAGCGCACGACUCAAUUUAGAAUACGUUUUCCGUGUUUACACGAAACUUAACUAAAACCAAAAAUUCUAUAUUAUUGGAUCUUGCAAAAAUUACUUUCUUUACUCCCAACACUGUCUAGGGUUACAAUAGCAGCUGGGGAGGACAUCAAAUCUGAAAUUUUUCACACUCAAAAUGAUAUAAAAGAAUAUUCCGUCCUAUGUUUAUAGCAACAGAUGAAAUUGUAUUGACUUUUACAAAAUUUCUGCUCUUGUUAAACAACACAGAAUGUCGAAACUUCGAUCUUCCAUCUUAAGGGACCACCCGAGACGAACAAAUCGUUGAAACUAUAAGCUGCUUGAUGUGCGAUGUUAUAAUAUGCAUAACAGCUAGCCGCUACCUAGCUUUUAAAAUUAAAUGUAAGCAUGAUAUUCUGCGGUAUGUACUCUUUCGUUUUUGGGCAACUAUAUGUUACAAAUACUACAAAAUACGUGGGCUAAGAUGUUAUAAAAUAUGUU